AUGGUCAGGACGACACUAGAAGGCGUGUUUACGUUUGAGACCAGCACCCCUCAGCGUAACCCCCAGGGAUCAGAAGCCUGUACCAGUAAGAGUUUGAACGCCCCGCCAUCACAACACCCAGACUCGGCUACGUCCGGUCAGGACGACACAGAGCACGAUAUCUCCUACCCGUCGUCCCUAUUCAACUUCAUCAACGAGGCCUCUCAAGAUGUCCUAACAAGCAAGUUGACAAGUGCGUUGAUGUUACCCCAACUGCAGGACAAAUUCAAACAGGCGUUCAUGUUGGUGGCAAAGGACGUCGUUGAGGCUGUAUUGAGGGAAUACAUCGAACCCAUGCAGAAGGAGAUCAAAGAACUGAGGACUGAACUGAGGAUGAAAACGGACGAACUAGAGCAAUAUAGUCGUAGGAAUUCCCUCAGGAUCAGCGGAUUACCGGAGGACAUACACGAGGAGGGCAGGGACACCGAGAACAUCGCCAUGGAAGUACUGAGAGGACUACACCAGACCCUAUCUCCCUCAGACAUAGACAGGUGCCACCGUGUAGGGAGGAAAUCUAAGGACAAGCACAGGGACAUUAUUAUCAAGUUUGUGAACUACAAUGACAGGAACAAAGUGAUCAUCAACCGGAGGAAACUUCGCGAUACACGGUGUAAUGUGUACAUCAAUGAGGACUUAACUAGACACAGAAGUCGCCUAUACAAGCUAGCCAGAGAACUCAAGAAACAGGGACGAAUUGAGUCAACGUGGACAAGAGAUGGACGUGUGAACAUUCUCGAACAGAUCGAAGGACGUACCCGUGUGAUUCACGACGAGUCGGAACUCGAUCAGUACAGGAGAUAACUGUGUUCUAGUUGUGUUCUUGUGAUGUGUGCUAAUCAAGGAUAU